AUGCGUGAGAUCGUGCACCUUCAAACUGGCCAGUGUGGUAACCAAGUUGGUACCGCCUUCUGGCAAAUCAUCUCCGGCGAACAUGGUCUCGAUGCGUCGGGAGUAUACCAAGGCACUGAUGACCAAGAGUUGGAGCGGAUGAAUGUUUAUUUCAAUGAGGUCGACAACAAGAAAUAUGUCCCCCGUGCGGUCCUCGUAGACUUGGAACCCGGCACCAUGGACGCCGUCCGUGCUGGCCCCUUUGGUCAACUUUUCCGCCCUGAUAAUUUCGUCUUCGGCCAGUCAAGCGCAGGAAAUAACUGGGCGAAGGGACACUAUACGGAAGGUGCUGAGUUGGUUGAUUCCGUGGUUGAUGUGGUUCGUCGUGAAGCCGAAAGCUGUGACUGUCUGCAAGGAUUCCAGAUCACUCACUCCCUGGGAGGUGGUACUGGGUCUGGUAUGGGAACUCUUUUGAUCUCUAAGAUUCGCGAGGAAUUCCCUGAUCGCAUGAUGGCCACAUUCUCCGUGGCGCCUUCCCCCAAGGUCUCGGAUACUGUGGUUGAGCCCUACAAUGCGACAUUGUCCGUUCACCAAUUGGUGGAGCAUUCUGACGAGACUUUCUGCAUUGAUAAUGAGGCUCUCUACGAUAUCUGCCACCGCACGUUGAAGUUGUCUUCUCCUUCCUAUGGCGACCUUAACCAUCUUGUCUCGGCCGUCAUGUCUGGAAUUACCGUCAGUCUUCGGUUCCCUGGUCAGCUCAAUUCCGACUUGCGGAAACUCGCCGUGAACAUGGUGCCCUUCCCUCGACUUCAUUUCUUCAUGGUGGGCUUUGCACCACUAACCAGCCGGGGAUCCUCCUCGUUCCGCGCAGUUUCUGUUCCUGAAUUGACACAACAGAUGUUUGACACGAGAAAUAUGAUGGCUGCUGCUAAUUUCCACAAUGGCCGCUUUUUGACUUGCUCCGCAAUCUUCCGCGGAAAAGUCUCCACGAAGGAGGUUGAAGAUCAAAUGCGUGGCAUUCAGACUAAGAACAGCGGCUACUUCGUCGAAUGGAUCCCGAACAAUAUCCAAACCACCGUUUGCUCCGUACCACCCAAGGGCCUGAAGAUGUCUUCGACUUUCAUUGGUAAUUCGACGUCUAUCCAGGAGUUGUUCCAGCGUAUCGGGAACCAGUUCACUAGCAUGUUCCGUCGCAAGGCGUUCUUGCAUUGGUAUACCGGUGAGGGUAUGGACGAGAUGGAGUUCACCGAAGCCGAAAGUAAUAUGAAUGAUCUGGUGUCGGAGUACCAGCAGUACCAAGAAGCCUCCAUCUCCGACGGUGAGGGAUUGGAAUAUGGCGAGGAGGAGCCCGAGGAGUAG